AUGGAUCCCAGGACCGCCUGGAUCCAGCCGGAGCAGAAGGGACCUGCCAGCUCUCUGUGGAUGCACAUUUGGGAAACCCCUCAGGGAUUUGGAGCAAACUCCGGCAUCGACAACCACCUCCACCACCAGCGCAACUUUGCGGCGCAUAAUGCGAACUCCACGGAGUCAAACGGCGAGUAUGUGACAAAUGCAGCGCUGCCGCCGGGGUGUGUGUUUGGGAAACUGCCGAAGCGAGACGGCGGCGGGGAGAGGGGGAAUGUCCGGAGGAAGGGCUCCUUGUCACCGUCCUCGUCCUCUCUGGACUCGGAGGCCGAGAGCUCUUCGCCUUCCGGCUCGUCUCUGCAAAUCGAUAAUUUGAACGUCGCAGAAGAGGCCAGCCGGUUUUUACACUACGGCGAGCACGAGUUGAACGAGAACAAUCUCAGACGGCAACAUCCCCCUCCGCCUUUUCACACUGUUCAGCAACACUGUCGCAGCAUGCAACAAUCUGGCGGCCACACCCCCACCGGGAUGAAAAAUCAGCAUGGGAACAAGCACCACCACUAUCAGUCACACUCAGCCGGCCGCAGGAGGCAUCUGAACCGGGCGAACACUUUCCACGGCAUCAACCCGGUCCUGUCCUACGGCAGCAAUGGACACCAUGUAGACUCUUCGUGUAGCCUGUGGAAGACCAGGCGGUACAGCCCGGGUAUCAAUGGUCUUCAUGAAGAAAUAGUGGACUUUUUCAACUUCAUGUCGCCGCGACCGGAGGAGGAGGCCAUGAGGAGAGAUGUCGUGAACAGAAUAGAAAAUGUCAUCAAGGACUUGUGGCCCACAGCACGGGUGGAGAUAUUUGGCAGCUUCAGUACAGGACUUUAUCUUCCAACAAGUGACAUUGACUUGGUGGUGUUUGGAAAGUGGGACCAUCCCCCACUGCAGGAACUGGAACAAGCCCUGAAGAAACACAAUGUGGCGGGCCCGUAUCCCAUCAAGGUCCUUGACAAAGCUACAGUGCCAAUCAUUAAGCUUACUGACCAUGAAACAGAGGUGAAAGUGGAUAUCAGCUUCAAUGUAGAGACUGCUGUUAAAGCAGCACAGUUCAUCAAAAGCUAUCUCAAGAAGUACACUGUUCUGCCACCUCUGAUCUUCGUCCUGAAGCAGUUCCUGCUGCAGAGGGAUCUGAAUGAAGUCUUCACCGGAGGCAUAAGCUCUUACAGCCUUAUACUGAUGGCCAUCAGCUUCCUGCAGUUACACCCUCGCAUCGAUACCCGACGUGCCAACAUCAACCUGGGCAUCCUCCUGAUAGAGUUCUUUGAGCUGUAUGGCCGCGAUUUCAACUACAUGAAGACCGGCAUGCGGGUGAAGAAUGGAGGGGCUUACCUGUGCAAGGAGGAAAUGCUCAAAGCCAUGGGGAGUGGAAACAGGCCGUCCAUGCUCUGCAUAGAGGACCCCAUACAGCCAGGGAACGACGUGGGUAGGAGUUCAUACGGUGUCCUGCAAGUCAAGCAGGUGUUUGACUUUGCUUACAUGGUGCUGAGUCAUGGAGUGUCUCCGCUUGCACGUGCUUACCCCAACAAAGAGUACGACAGUACUUUAGGACGCAUCAUCAAAGUGAGCCCAGAGGUGCUGGCCUACAGGGACUGGACAAUAAAGAAGUGGGGAGCCAAGCAGUAUGCCAAGCUGGAGAACCAUGAUGUUGAGACCUGUGAGCAGGACCUCGCCAGGCUGAUGCUGGUUUCUGUAGAGGAUCAGAGAGACACUUCCUCCCCGCUCAGUGCUGACUCCCCCUCACCUUCUCCAGUCUUCCUCCCCAGCCCUCAACACCACUCGUCAUCAUCAUCGUCUGCAUGUUCGCUCUCUUCCUCCUCCUCUGGAAGUGAUAUAGAGUCGGAUUCCCCCCCGAGCAGUAAUGCUGCUAUCCAGCUCCACCCCCUCACCUUAGCCUCAGUCCAUUCAGUAAUCCAGAUGGCUGCUGACCUGAGGGCCACACACCCAGCAGGCUUCAUCCACACCACACCUCAGGUCCAGAUGUCUCUCCCAGAGAACCUAACCAUCCCCUCGCUCUCUGAUUGCCAGUUCUAUCAUGAAAAUUCACCUUCAAUCGGUGUUGUGCACCGCCACAUGUCGCAAGCUGCACACAUCUCCCAGCACACUAACUCCACAAGCCCUCUCCCCAGCCCCCUCCACCAGCUCCACCAGCCUCAGAUGGAAGGGCCGCAUAGCCACACUUACACCAUGAGAUCCAAUUCCCACGGCUCACUUGAGCCGCACAAACUUGGCUUCAAGCACAACCAAAGCGGCUGCCUCCGAGGUCAAAAUCACUCUCAAGGUAACUUCAGUCCCCAGCGGCAGUUUGUUCCCCAGGGUCACAACACGACACUGGGUUUCAGGAACCAGCAGCAGUACAACCGUAACACCUGGCGGCGCCGCAAGAGAGACAAUCUUCCUGCUCUUAAUCAGAGCAGAUGAAAGACAUGCAUGACUUAACUGGCAUUGUUUUUUUCGAAGACCACACUGAGCUCAUCAUGAGUCUUGGUGUUGAGGAGCCUUUAAGGAUUCAUGAUACACCCGUUUUUUAAUUGGAGGCUCUUAGAAAGGCACCGACUGUGUGCUGGAAUUCAUGAGUCAAUUUGUCUCCCCAAGGUGUCGAAUGAUUUAUCUCUGCUAGCGAAGUAAAGCUACAAGGCUCUCGCACGUCAAGGAGCAAUGUCAAAGGCCUAAGUCUAAACUGCUUGUUUUGUCACAUUGGUCUGACAGUCAGAGGCCCUUCCUCUAAAUUUGAUGCACACCAGCACAGACUUUGAGUUGAUCAUCGUGAUUCCCGGGACUGGGUCGUCUCACGAGUGUCACUUUCCAACAGCUAAAGACAGGCUGGUUGGCUGAAGAGUUCGGUCAAGUAUCGAGUCUCCAUGCAAUUUGAACACCUUCGAAAGCAACAUCAUGUGCCAUAGUACUGAACUGGUUUAUCAAACCUGGUCUCUCGAAGUUUUGACUCUUACUGGGCCUUUCUGAUCAGGUUUCAGGCUCAUCUGGCCUUCUGAAUGCACCUCCCUGUUGGCUCCGCUCUUGAUUCAGAGCUCUCACAGCUUGGACUAUCAACUACAAAUUGUACUGUGGAGUGAAGCGAAGCACUACCUUUCUACCUAUGCAGCGCAACGCUGACUUGAUGUUUUUGGUGUGACGGCACAAACCGGACCUUGUCUUAAAGUGCUUAAACUGUGACGACUUGUAUGAAUGUACCAAGUGUUUCUUUUUUGUAUGUUGGUCAUAUGUUCUCUUUUUUUGUCACUGAGGGCUUUUUUUUUUGUUCACAUUGGCACUACUAUGUUUUGUUUUUGUAAACAUUGCCACCUUAUUUUGUUGUUUUUUUGUUCAUGUGCAAUAAUUGCUUUUAUUUAAUUUAUUUCACAUUUUAGUUUUAUUUUAGGGGUUCUCCCCGUUAUACGGUUGCUUUUUUUUUUUUUUUUAAAUUUCUAGACAUUGAUCUGUGCAAUAGAUGGAUUUAAGGGCCUUGAAGGUGUGUGUGUGUGUGUGUGUGUGUGUGUGUGUGUGUGUGCAUGUGUGUGUGUGUGUGUGUGUGUGUGUAUACUCAGCUUUCCAGCAGACAGGAGAGCUAUGGUAAAGCAACAUGAGAAAUGUGCCAAAAACGACAUGAGGCCAACAUUUUACAUAUUUAAUUUACCAUUUCAUUAUGAUCACUUGAAAUUUUUGCCAACUGCCUGUCCAAAUGUUUUUCCACCAUGACUCAUAUCACUCUGGUCAGUAGUUUGACAUUUAUUUGGGUGCGUUUCCUCUCAAUAGACUGUAGGCUGUACUGAAGAAAUGCGCCCUUACGUAGUGUUUACUCAUGUCAUUUCAAAAAUAGUUGGUGCUACUUAUUACCAGCAAAGUGCUUUUUUUCUGCCUUAUAUCUCCUUUGAUUCUGUUAAAGCAACAGGUUAACUGCCUUCUUAAAUGACCAAAUUUGCCCUUUUUCCAGUACAAAGCCAGCUUUCUGUUUAUUUCUACGAGCACUGCCAGGUUUACUUGGCUUUUAUUUUUACACCCAGCUUCUAGAUGUACGCUCCAGGAGUUGACUCCUACUGCAGCCAAUGAUUGUUAACAUUAACAUCAUGUCACUUUUUUUUAAAUUCAGAGGUCAUAAUUAUAAAAGGCAAGAGGUUGUUACAUUUCACAGGGAUUCUCCUCUUCUAUAUUUAAAGUCAGUAUUUCUACAUCUUGUAAGACAAGGUUUCAAAGCUACAUAAUUUACACAGCAAUCUGAAAGAAGACUUGAGCGUGGAAUGUCACAGAUUGACCAUUACUGGAGUUUUGGUAGAGCCAUUCACAAAACCAAAAUUUGGUAGAGGUAUGUAUGUUUUAAAAGUCUGUCCUUACUGUAACACUCUGCACACCAGUCUGAUUGAAUUAACACGAUACUGUAAGCAUUGUACCCUCGUUUUCAGUGCCGCUUUUAUUAAGCUGUCUAGAGGACGAUCUUUGGGUUGUUACAUCGCAUAGCCAUGAACCAAAUUCCCAGCUCAGAUGUGUGUAAUUAAGGAUGGGUUAUGUGUAAAUGACUGACAUAUAGAUGUAUACCUUGUUUUUUUUAUGUAAGUUUUUCUAUUUUUUUAAUAAACCUUUUAAAACUCCA